AUGCUUUUGGUACAAGAAAUUUGCAUCUCAACUGUCGUCCUUAACUUUCAAGCGCUUCUGCUGCUCUUAAUAGCUCAUACAUCUGUUAUGUACCGAUUAUUAGCUCAAGAGAUGCUGAUGCUAAAUGAAAAUGUACCCGACAUCAAAGCUGUGGCCAAAGAACUGAUGCCAUCUUUAAUUUGUCGACACUCCUUGACUUUGGAUGUAGUGGAUAAGCUAAAGUCUUUGUAUAGUGUACCUCUCGGAGUAAAUUUUGGAACCAAUGCUGUCUGCAUAUGCUUAUUCUGUUAUUUGCCUCUCCAAGAGUGGCUUAAAUUCAUGCCUAUUCUGGUGUACUGUUUCCUAUUAUACUUCCUAUAUUGCUUUCUUGGUCAAGGUCUUAUAAAUGCAUCGGAGGAUUUUGAGAGAGCAGUAUAUUGUUGUGGAUGGGAGAACUUUGAUUUGAAGGAGAAGAAGUUGGUUUAUGUGAUGCUCCGUCAAGCACAGAAGCCCAUACAGUUGCUGGCGGCUGAUAUUAUCCCUGUGAAUAUAUAUACGUUUGCUACUACUUUGCAGGGGGUAUUUAAGUUUGUUACUGUAGUAAAGUUUUAG